AUGUCAGGAUCUGGUGCUUCAGGAAACAAGUUCCGUAUGUCUUUGGGUUUACCAGUUGGCGCAGUGAUAAACUGCUGUGACAACUCUGGAGCAAGAAAUUUGUACAUCUUGGCCGUUAAAGGAUUUGGUGCAAGAUUGAACAGAUUACCAGCAGCAUCUGCUGGUGAUAUGGUCAUGGCAACUGUUAAAAAGGGUAAGCCAGAAUUGAGAAAGAAGGUCAUGCCAGCUAUCGUUGUUAGACAAGCUAGACCAUGGAGAAGAAAGGAUGGUGUUUACUUGUACUUCGAAGAUAAUGCAGGUGUUAUUGCCAAUCCAAAGGGUGAAAUGAAAGGUUCUGCCAUCACUGGUCCAGUUGCUAAAGAAUGUGCUGAUUUAUGGCCCCGUAUUGCUUCUAACUCAGGUGUUGUCGUUUAA